AUGAUUCCACCGGUGGAUGUUUCCCCCCUGAACAAGUUCAGCAGGCAUUCAGUACUCAUUGGGAUGGUCCAUGGAAAGAAAAUAUAUGACCAUUCGAAGCCUAAUGCUGAGGAGGAAAGGAGAAUAGCAGCAGAGGAGGAAAAGAAGCGUGAGGAAAUGGAACGAAUUGCAAGAGCACUGGCAGAAGCUAACAAAGAUUCAAUACUGAAAUAAAC